CCCACAAUGGACCUGAGUGGAUUCAAGGAUGGCCUUGAGGUCAUUGUUCCCCAUCCCCUUACUAUCCGUGUCCCUAUCUCUGGAUAUCCCACACCACACGCAAAGUGGAGCUUCGCUGAUAAGGAGCUCACUGCUGGUGAACGUGUUUACAUGAUUACAAAGAGUACCUACGUAGAACUGACCGUCACUCCAAGUGUGCGUCCAGACAGAGGUGUAUACGCUCUGACCCUGGAGAAUGAUAUUACCAGUUGCUCAGGAGAGAUUGAAGUCAAUGUUAUCGCAUCCCCAAGUGCACCCAAAGACUUUAAGGUUGCCGAGGUGACCAGACAGCAUGUGCACCUGAUGUGGGAGGCACCAGAGCAUGAUGGAGGAAGCCCUCUGACUGGGUACCAGAUUGAGAAACGUGACGUAUCCCGCAAGACCUGGGUCAAGGUGAUCACUGGUGUUCAAGACCAGGAGUUCACUGUCACUGAUGUUGUUGAGGGCAAAGAAUAUCUGUUCAGGGUUACUGCCUGCAACAAGUGUGGCCCAGGAGAGCCUGCCUACAUUGACGAGCCAGUCAAUGUGUCCUCCCCUGCCACUGUGCCAGACUCACCUGAGAACCUGAAAUGGAGGGACAAGACAGCAUCUGGCAUCUUUCUGACCUGGGAACCACCCAAGUGGGACGGCGGCACCGGAAUCAGGGGCUACAACAUAGAAAGAUGCCAGCGUGGGACAGACAACUGGGAAUCCUGCGGAGAUCAGGUCCCUGAGUUUAAAUUGCAAGUGACUGGUCUGAUUGAGGGACAGUGGUAUGCCUACCGCGUGAAGGCCUUGAACAGACUGGGUGCCAGCAAACCCUGCAAGGCUACAGAUGAGAUAUUGGCUGUUGAUCCUAAAGACCCCCCAGAGAUUCUUCUGGAUGUCAAGUGUCUUGCUGGACUGACCGUCAAAGCUGGAUCUAAGAUCGAGCUUCCAGCUGAUGUUCUUGGAAAGCCCGUACCUAAAGUGAAAUGGACCAAGGGUGAUGUGGUCCUGAAGGGAGACGAUAGAGUCUCUAUUGACGACAAGCCUGGUCACUCCGUCAUUACGAUCAGCAAGACAACGAGAGAGGAUACAGCUACCUACAUCAUUGAAGCCCACAACAGCUGUGGUCGUGCUACUGCAACCAUUGACGUCAACAUUCUAGAUAAGCCUGGUCCUCCAGCUGCGUUUGAUAUCUCUGAGAUCACCAACAAGUCCUGUUUCCUGGCCUGGAACCCUCCCAGAGAUGAUGGAGGUGCAAAGGUCACCAACUACAUUGUGGAGAGUAGAGCCGUAGACAGCGAAAUCUGGCACAAGCUCUCCUCCACUGUCAAAGAGACUAACUACAAGGCCCUCAACCUUACGGCCUUCAAGGAGUACAUCUUCAGAGUGUUCGCUGAGAACCAGUUUGGUAUUGGUGUGCCAGCGGAACAUAUGCCAAUUAUUGCCAGAUACGCCUUCGAUUCUCCCGGUGCACCAACCAAGCUGGAGCCUUCCGAUAUUGUUAAAGAUGGCCUGACUCUGAAUUGGUAUGAGCCUGAAGAGGAUGGUGGUAGUCCUAUCACUGGAUACUGGGUUGAGAGGUUUGAACCAGAUCAGAACAGAUGGAUCAGAUGCAACAAGAUCCCAAUCAUAGACACCACAUACAGAGUCAAAGGACUACCCACAAGGAAGAAGUAUAAGUUCAGAGUCAUGGCUGAGAAUCUCGCCGGACCUGGAAAAUCAAGCAAGGAAACUGACCAGAUAUUGGUCAAGGAUCCUAUUGAUCCUCCAUGGGCUCCUGGUAAGCCAACCGUAAAAGACGUGGCAAAGACCUCUGCCUUCCUGCAGUGGACCAAGCCUGAGCACGAUGGUGGCGCCAAGAUCGAGGGCUACAUCAUUGAACUCCUGAAGAGUGGAACUGAGCAAUGGGUCCGUGUUUCAGAGGGAAUCAAUAUCCUGGAGCACUCCCUGAGAGGCCUGAUGGACAGACAGGAGUACUCCUUCAGGGUCCUUGCUGUCAACAUCGCUGGGGAGAGUGAGCCCAGCGAUCCUAGCGAUCCAGUUCUGUGCAAGGAGAGACUCAAUCCUCCUACACCCCCACGCUGGAUGAAUGUCAUCACCGUCACCAGGAACAGUGCUGAGCUGAAGUGGACAGUACCAGAGAAGGAUGGUGGUUCACCCAUCACCAACUACAUUGUUGAGAAGAGGGAUGUCAGGCGUAAGGGCUGGCAGACAGUGGACACCACUGUGAAGGAGCUGAAGUACACUGUCACUCCACUUAACGAGGGCUCUCUCUAUGUGUUCCGUGUGGCUGCUGAGAACGCUGUUGGCCCCAGUGAAUUCUGUGAACUGGAAGACUCCAUUAUGGCUAAAGAUACUUAUACUACCCCUGGACCACCAUAUAAUCUCUCUGUCAAUGGUGUGUCAAAGAGACAUGUUGACCUGCAAUGGGAUGCCCCCAAGAAUGAUGGUGGCAGACCAGUUCUGAGAUACUCCAUUGAGAAGAAGGAGAAACUUGGUACCCGCUGGGUAAAGUGUGGAAAGACCUCAGGUGAUGACUGCAAGUACAGAGUGACAGACGUCAUUGAAGGAACCGAGGUUCAGUUCCAGGUCCGCGCUGAGAAUGAGGCCGGUGCUGGACAUCCUAGUGAAUCAACAGAAAUCAUUGCUAUUGAAGAUCCAACAGGUGUACCCUCUCCUCCAAUUGAGCUUCAUAUCACUGAAGCCAGCAGAGACCAUUUGUGUGUUGCUUGGAGACCACCAGAGAGAACUGGUGGCAGUGCUGUAACUGGCUACCAUAUUGAGCUGUGUGAGGCUGGCACUGAGAAGUGGAUGAGAAUCAACUCUCGCCCAAUCAAGGAGCUCAAAUACAAAACAGAGGAGGGCAUCACCCCAGAGAAACAAUAUGUCCUGAGAGUCCGUGCCAUCAACUCUGUUGGAGUUAGUGAGCCAUCUGAUAUCUCUGAGAAGGUCUACGCCAAGGACCCUGACUGCAUCCCAACCCUUGAGUUUCAAACAAAGGACAUUGUGAUUGUUGAGGGAGAGAAGUGGCAUCUCCCCAUCCCAUUCAGAGCAGUACCCAAGCCCAAGAUAACCUGGCACAAAGACGGAAAGGAGCUGAAGGAUGAUGAGAGAAUGAGCUUCAGACAGGAGUACCUCUCCUGUCACCUGGAGAUCGAGAGCUGUCUGCAUUCAGACUCUGGCCAGUACAAGGUCACCCUGGAAAACUCCCUCGGAGCUAGCAGUGGAACAAUUAAUGUUAAAGUUGUUGGCCUGCCCGGUCCCUGCAAAGACAUUGUUGCCAGUGAAAUCACCAAGAGUUCUUGCAAGGUUUCCUGGGAUCCUCCCAACUAUGAUGGUGGUAGCCCUGUUCUCCACUAUGUGCUACAGCGCAGAGAGGCAGGCCGGAGGACCUACGUCAACAUGAUGUCUGGAGAGAACAAGGUCAGCUGGCCUGUCAAGGAUCUGAUCCCCAAUGGAGAGUACUACUUCCAGGUCAAAGCUGUCAACAAGAUUGGUGGCGGGGAGUAUCUUGAGCUCCGCAACCCUGUGAUUGCAGAGGAUCAGAAGCAGAGCCCUGACCCUCCACUGGAUGUUGAGACCCACAACCCUACUUCCAAGACUAUCACCCUCACAUGGAAACCUCCUAUGUAUGACGGGGGCUGCAAGAUUAUGGGCUACGUUCUGGAGAUGAUGAUGAAGGGUGAUGAGAACUUCACAAGAUGCAACGACUUCCUUGUGCCUGUGCUGUCCUACACAGUGAGGAAUCUCAGGGAGGGAAAACAAUACCAGUUCCGUGUACGAGCUGAGAACGCUGCCGGAGUCAGCGACCCAUCACGCAGCACACCAAUGGUGAAGGCUUCUGAUGCUGUCGAAACACCCAAGGUGUUCCUCAGUGGAAGCCUGCAGUCCGGUAUGAGCAUCAAAAGAGGUGCUCAGAUCAGACUGGGCGCCAACAUCUCUGGAUCCCCAUACCCUCAAAUCACAUGGUACAGGAACGACAUCGUCAUUAGACCAGAAGCCAUGAAGAAGAGACCAGAAAAACCCAUUGUUAAAAAGAAGAAGGAGGAAAAGAAGGAAGUGAAGGAAGGAGAAAAGAAGGAAGGAGAAGUAAAGGAGGGUGAAAAGAAGGAGGUGAAAGAUGAAGAAAAGAAGGAAGUCAAGGAGGGAGAGGUUGAGGUCCCAGCUACUGAGGCCCCAGCUGCAGAGCCUGCCCCUGAGGAGCCUGAGGAGGAGGAACUCCCUGACUACCCAACCCUCCAGGAACGUCUCACCAUCCACGACAAGAAGAGGGGAGAAUCCUCUUGCAUUGUCAGGGACACCAUCAGGGGUGACCACGGAGUGUACACUAUCAAGGUUGAGAACGACCAUGGUAUUGCCUCUGCAACUUGUGAAGUCAAUGUGCUAGAUGCGCCUGGACCUGCAAUCAACUUCCGGUUUGAGGAGAUCAGGAAGAACUCUGUCAUCUGCAAGUGGGAUCCUCCCAUGGAUGAUGGUGGCAGUGAUAUCCUGAACUACACCUUGGAAAAAAAGGACAACUCCAAGGUGGAGAUCGGAUGGAUCACCGUAACCUCAACACUCAGGGGAUGUAGAUACCCCGUGACCAAACUGAUAGAGAAGAAGGAGUACAUCUUCCGGGUCACUGCUGAGAACAAGUUUGGUCCUGGACCACCAUGCAUUUCUAAGCCACUUAUUGCCAAGAAUCCAUUCGACCCACCAGAGGGUCCUGGGAAGCCUGAGAUUGAUGGCAUCACAGCCAACUCCAUGCUGGUUAGCUGGGAGGAGCCAAGUGACAUGGGCAGCCCCAUUCUGGGUUACUGGGUAGAGCGGCGUGAGAUCAACAGCACCCACUGGACCAGAGUCAACCGGGUUAUUUUGGAGGAUACGGAACUUAACGUGGAAGGCCUACUGGAAGGUCUGACAUACAUCUUCAGGGUGGCUGCUGAGAACCAAGCUGGGCCUGGGAAGUUCAGCAUCCCGUCUGAUCCUAUGACAUGCCAGGAUCCAAUCUUGCCACCUGGGCCACCGUUCCCAAGAAUCACUGAUACCACGGAGUCUUCCAUCGACGUGGAAUGGGAUCCUCCUGCCUCCAACGGAGGUGGAGACAUCCUGGGAUACCAUGUUGACAAAACCCUAGCAGGCACCAAAGACUGGUCCCGCUCCACAGAGAGACCCUGGAAGACCCGGGUCUUCACUGUGUAUGGAGUCAGAGAGGGAGCCAAGUACCUGGUCCGUGUGAUCGCAGUCAAUGGAGCCGGUGAAGGAACUCCUGGCUUGACUGAAUCAGUCUUUGUCAGAGAUCCUAAAGAGGCUCCAGUGGUGGAGCUGGAUCUCACUGUGAGGAAUGGCGUAAUGAUCAGAGCUGGGGAGCCACUGAUACUGCCUGCCCUGGUCACUGGUAGACCUCCACCAGACAUCAAAUGGACCAAAGAUGACGGUCCACCGGACAAAAACCACGUCGAGAUAGAAAAUGUUGGAAAGGAAAGCAUUCUGAGUAUCAAGGCUGCCACAAGAAAGGAUCCUGGCAAAUACCAGAUCAGUGCCAGGAACAACAGUGGAAUCAAGUCUACAUGGACAAGGGUUGAAGUCAUGGAUGUUCCCGGGCCUGUGCUGGACCUGAAGCCUGUGGUGGUAACCAGGAAGCUGAUGAUUCUGAACUGGUCCGAUCCUGAUGACGAUGGCGGCAGUGAUCUGACCGGCUUCAUCAUUGAGAGAAGGGAUCCCAAGAUGCACACAUGGAGACAGCCCAUAGAGACACCCUCAUCUAAGUGUGAGAUUGUGGGUAUUGUUGAAGGGCAGGAGUACAUCUUCCGGGUCGUAGCGAAGAACAAGUUUGGCUGUGGCCCUCCCGUUGAUUUGGGCCCUAUUGCUGCAGUGGAUCCCAAAGCUCCACCAACUUCACCUGAGAGAUUCCACUACACUGAGAGGACAAAGACUUCCAUCAGCCUUGCCUGGAGGCCUCCCCGCAAUGAAGGAGGCAGUCCAAUCUUGGGCUACUUUGUUGAGAAGAAGAAGCACGAUGCCCCAGCAUUUGAGCCUUGUAACACAGAGAUGUGCAAGGACCUCUUCAUGACCGUCGAGAACCUCGAGGAGCUGUUUAUGUAUGAGUUCCGUGUCAAGGCUGUCAAUUUAAUUGGAUCAAGUGAACCUGGAAUUCCACUCACCAUUGUCAUUCAAGAUGAUGAACUUCCUCCUACUGUGAGGAUGUUGAAGACCUUCAAGGGAGAUGCCAUCACUGUCAAGAAGGGAGAGCCUAUUGAAAUCCCUGCUGAGGUGACUGGUCUUCCAAUGCCCAAGGUUGAAUGGUUGAAGGAUGAGGUGAUUAUUUUAGAGCCCACUGAGACUCUGUUGAUGGACACCAAGGAAAUCAACAGAAUGCAGUGCAAUACCAAGCUCAGUAUCCCUGCAGCAGCAAGACUGGACAAAGGCAUCUUUACAGUGAUCGCCUCCAACCGUCUUGGGUCGGCUAGUCACACCAUCAAGGUUAAGGUGUUAGACCGUCCUCUGCCACCUAGGAAUGUGAAUAUUGGUAACAUCAAGGCUGAGUCCUGCUAUCUAACCUGGGACGCACCAGAGGACGAUGGAGGAAGUGAGCUCACUAACUACAUUGUUGAGAAGCUGGACAUUCUUCCUGAGGAGGAACCUGAAGAAGAAUAUGAGGAUUCUGAGGAUGAGGAGCCUAAACCUAAGCCUGAGCCUAGACCCGUUCCUGUAUGGACGGUGAUCACCAACAGCAUCAUUGAGAAACGAUUCGGGGUUUGGAAUCUGGAAACAGGUAGCCAGUGCCAGUUCAGAGUGAGAGCAGAGAACAGGUAUGGACAGAGUGACGCCUGCGAGACAGAGGCCACCGUCAUCAAGGAUCUGUACGGACUCCCUGGUACUCCAGAGAAACCACAGAUCGCAGAGCACACCAGGUCCUCCAUGCUUGUGACAUGGGACCCUCCACGAGACAACGGUGGAUCCACUAUCUCUGGCUACUGGCUAGAGAAGAGGGAGAAAGGUUCGUCUUAUUGGGCUCGGGUUAACAAGGCCCCGGUGACGAAGCGUGCUCCUAAGCGCUGGGAGUUCCAGGUCGUUCGUAUGAUCGAGGGGUCUGCGUAUGAGUUCCGUGUCAUGGCUGUCAAUAUUGCCGGUAUUGGACCCCCCAGUGGACCUUCCGAUCCUGCAUACGCAGUGGACCCUCUUAUGAAACCCGGCAUGCCAGCACCACCAGAGGUCGCAGACAAAACCAAGCACAGUGUCAGCCUCACAUGGUCUCCACCUGAGAAAGACGGUGGAAGCUCCAUCAAGGGUUACAUCGUUGAGAUCCAGGAUGAAGCCUCUUCUGUUUGGAACAGAAUCACUGAUCUAGAGACUCUGCAUGAGACCACUGAGAUCACUGUCCCAAGUCUCAAAGAGCUGAAACACUACAAGUUCAGAGUCACAGCCGUCAAUGACAUCGGCGAGUCUGACCCAAGUCCCAAGACAGAAGUCCUAAUUGAGGACGUACAUGUGGAGCCGAAGAUCCUUAUCGAUUGUGUUGUGGAAGAUUUGCUGUGCGUCCGGGCUGGUCAUUCCUUCAGAAUCCCUGCCAUUAUCAAAGGGCGGCCCGUUCCUAAGGUGACCUGGGAAUUCACUGGACCAGCAAAGACCCACAAGAAGAAUCGCCUUCAUGUCCUUCCAGUUGACUCAGAGCUUGAAUCUACUGAUACUACCGCAAACAUCACUGUACCUGUGUGCUUGAGGACCCACUCUGGACGAUACACCAUCACAGCCAAGAACAAGGCGGGACAGAAACAUGUCAACGUCAGAGUCAAUGUUCUCGACGUGCCUGGUGCUCCUAGAGAGCUCAAAGUAACUGACAUCACCAGAGCUACUAUGAGGCUGAUCUGGAAACUGCCUGCUAACGACGGUGGCGAGAGGAUCAAGAGUUACUUCAUUGAGAAGAAGAAUGUGACAGGAAAGGCCUGGACCAUAGUAAACCAGUGCUGUUUCAGCCAGGCCUACGUUGUGGAGGGACUGCUGGAGGGACAGGAGUAUGUGUUCCGUGUGCGGGCAGAGAACCGUCUGGGAAUGGGACCUUUAACUGAGACCACUGAGCCUGCUAGGGCAAGAGACCCCAUCUGUAAGUUUGAAAUGAAUGAAUAA